AUGGCAGCAAACCUUGCCCACCUCACACUUUAUCGUCUUCUCCUGUUUCCUCAUUUGUCUCCGACUCAGCUCCAAACCCCGCGUCGACAGGAUCAAAUUAUUCUCAACUGGAUAAUCUCCUCUCUCACAAAGAGUGCACUAGCACUGAUCGUUCGGCUCACUUCUUCCCAUGCAUCCUGGAGCACGCUUGAAUGCACCUACGCGUCUCAUUCCCAAGCUCGUAUAAUGCAACUGAAAUACCAAUUAUUUCAGUUGAAGAAAGGGACUCCUUCCAUGGCUGAAUAUCUUCAGCGUGUCAAAAGCUUGGCCGACAACCUUGCUGCUGCCGCUAAUCCAGUACCUAACUCAGACAUAAUCUUAAGCAAUCUUCAUGGGCUUGGACCAAAUUAUGAGUCCUUUGCCACAUCAAUGACCACUCGCAUCGAUCCAAUACCACUUGACAAUUUUACUGGUCUUCUACUUACCCAGGAAAUCCUUAAGGAUCAAAGAACAUCUCAUAUGGAUUUACCAUCGGUUGAAGCCCUUGUGACAACAAAAUCUGCAGGUACUUCAUCCAACCGAGGCCAUGGCUACUCCAACAAUGGCACCCAUGGCCGUGGUCGUGGCCACUAUUAUAAUCGAGGCCGUGGUCAGUACCAUUCCAAUCAGUAG